AGGGCAUUAGGACCAAGAGAAAGACACACACAUUGCUCUGUAUUAUGUCUGGCAAAGUGCUUCCUGACUGAGUGCUGUAGUUAUGUGUGAAACAAAGUCAGGCACCGACUAGUUCUCAUCUGUUGAUCACAGUUAGGUUGAAGCCUCAGAACGGGGGAGAGCUGUCAGAUUUGCUUUCAGAGAUAAUGAGCUUCAAACGAGGCAGCAACUGGAAACUUUGAAGAAGCAAGAACUCUGGAAGGAAACUAUAUGGAGUGGAAUUUCUUUUUACUUAGAAUUAAAAAAAAAAAUCAAAACUUUAGUUUCUCUUUUCAUCAGCUAAGCCUGGGCUUUUCUAACUAAGCUGGGACACUAUAAAAUAAAGGAUCUACUUUAUCUCACUGGAUCCAUGCUGCCUUUUACUACAGUAAGUGCAAUAUUAAUAGCAAUUUUAUAUUUUGUCUGUAAAUAGAGAGGAAACCAUGAAACGGCUCCAGUGAAAUGUGAAGGGAGCAGAAGUGAAAACCAGGGCUUUGCUGCAACCCGAGGACUGGAGUCUGAGAAAGAUCCAAGUGGUAUUAACAUGACCAUCUGUGUCGUUUUGUCACCAACAGUAUGUUCUUGAGGAAGAAGUGCAGAUAUGGAUCACGAAAACUGCAGUUUCUCUUACUGUUGCUGGUGCUGGGCUUUUUGCUACUGAUGGUUACAAUGCUGAAUCCACCACCCAGCAACCAGAGGAAGGAAGGGGCUUUUCAGCCCGUGGAGUUCAACCCUCGGGAAGGGUAUCAGAUGGACUUUGUGGAGACCCAAGAGAUGCUGGAGACCCAGGAGGAGAGCCAGCAGUACUACCCUUUGGAUGGGCUAUCACCGUUCAUCUCCCUGCGGGAGGAUGAGUUGAUUGUGGCCGUCGCGUCGCCCACCGGCAAAAGGAACCACAGCAAGGCCAGGAAGGGCUAUCGGGUGGUGAAGCAGCAGAGCAGGCGGCCGGAGGCGAGGGCAGAGGGGGACCCCCAGUUCCUGACCUUUGCUCGGCAGGUUGGGGAAGGGGCUGCUGCGGGGGAGCGGGGCCUGGAAACCCACGGCUUUAACGAAGCGCUCAGCGAGCGGAUCUCUCUGCGCAGGGAGCUGCCUGAGGUACGACACCCGUUGUGCCUGCAGCAAAAAUAUGACUCCAGUCUGCCUACUGCUAGUGUUAUCAUCUGUUUCCAUGACGAAGCCUGGUCUACACUGCUGAGAACUGUGCACAGCAUUAUGGACACAGCCCCAAAGGACUCCCUCAAGGAUAUCAUCCUGGUCGAUGACCUCAGCCAGCAAGGGCCCCUGAAGUCAGCCCUGAGUGAAUAUGUCUCCAAGCUGGAUGGAGUGAAACUCAUUCGGAGCAACAAGAGGCUUGGAGUCAUCCGAGGUCGGAUGCUGGGAGCUGCACGGGCAACAGGGGAUGUGCUUGUCUUCAUGGAUUCACACUGCGAGUGUCAGCAGGGCUGGCUGGAGCCCCUCCUAGCCAGGCUGUCCAGCAACAGAAACAGUGUCGUCUCACCUGUCAUAGAUGUCAUAGACUGGAAGACUUUUCAGUACUAUCACUCUGUGGGCCUGCAUCGAGGUGUUUUUGAUUGGAAACUAAAUUUUCAUUGGGAACCAGUGCCAGAGCAUGAAGAGAAGGUACGACAGUCUCCCAUCAGCCCUAUCAGAAGUCCUGUGGUAGCUGGUGCAGUGGUGGCCAUGGAUCGACAUUACUUCCAAAACACUGGAGCUUAUGAUUCUGACAUGACCACAUGGGGAGCAGAAAAUUUGGAGCUAUCUAUAAGGACCUGGCUCUGUGGUGGCUCUGUAGAAAUUAUUCCAUGCUCCCGAGUUGGUCACCUCUAUCGAAAUCACUUUCCCCCUGCUUUCUCCUAUGAAGAGGCCAUUGUGAGGAACAAAAUCCGAAUAGCAGAGACCUGGCUGGGCUCUUUUAAAGAGAACUUCUACAAGCACGACACAGUGGCUUUCUUAAUCAGCAAGGCAGAGAAGCCAGACUGCAGUGAGCGCCUUCAGCUACAGAAGAGAUUGGGCUGUAGAAGUUUCCAGUGGUUCAUAUCAAAUGUGUACCCUGAGCUCUCCCAACCUGAAGACACACCAAGAUUCUCUGGCAAGCUUUACAAUACUGGUGUUGGCUUCUGUGCAAAUUACAAACCUGGAAGCACCAUGACAGAAGGGUCUAUUGAACUCUCCCACUGCAGUGACAGUCUCACACAGCACUUUGAAUAUAACAGCAUGAAGGAAAUCCGGCUUGGUUCUGCUCCGCUGUUUUGCUUUGAUGUCAGACAAGGGAAGGUUAUCCCUCAAAACUGUACAAAGGAGACAGAUAACAACCACCAGCACUGGGAUGUCCAGGAGAAUGGGAUGAUUGUCCAUGUCCUUUCUGGCAAAUGCAUAGAGGCAGCAAAGAGUGAAGAUGAGAAGGACUUGGUUUUGGGUGUCUGUAACAAAAACGCCAAUCAGCUGUGGCAAUUUGAACCUCCCCAUGCGCUGCGUCAGAGGUGACUGACUGGUCUCUGUGGAGGUCAGGUCUCCAAAAUGUAACAUUACUUCUGUUUGGGAUUUAAGACACAUUUCCUGCAUGGACAAGAAAGAUGUUCGUGUUUGCUGUAGCAUGCGGGGAAGUUAGGAAGGUCACUCCUUUGAAAGACUGACUCCAAAAGUUGCCACCAGUUCCUGGGUUAUUUAGCUCUAGCUGAAAUUUCUAUUUAUUCUGUGAAGCAAGGAAUAAAGACAUUGGGAGCCUCAACUUUGCUAUUGCAGAAGACAGUUAAAUUUGCCCUUUGAAGGAAAUAUGGAAAAUUGGCUGCCAGACAGCUUGUCUUCAAUAUAUUCCGUGUCUUCUGAGGAUACAGGAAAAUAAAUGUUUGUGAAACUUUUGAAAGAGUAAGAGGAAGUCAGCCAAACCAGGAUAAGAGUUUAGCCUUGUUUUACAGUGCACUCAACUCAUAUAAAACCAAGUAGGUUUUGUAUGCAUAAAAGUCAUAGAUGUUUUCAUGUUAUAAUAGCUAAAUUAAUUUUUUUUUAAUUCCAACUAGCCUGAGCCAAACUAGCCUCUGUGAGAUUGCACAGAGCACAAAUUAUCAAUUAAUUAGGCACUAACAGCUCUAACUGAUUGGAAUCCCAACAGUACUCAGUGUUUGGCACACCUUUCCUUAAUUCCUUCCUCCAUAGUCUAAUUUGGAUGGGAGAACGAAAUUGAAAUUCACUUUUUUGUUUUAAUGAAAUUUAAGAACAAUUCUUCAAGAAGUUUCUGCAGAAUAUGUAAGAAGAUCAGAAUAUGGGAAAAGAUUGAACUAGAUUAGAAAGAAACUCCCAUCGUAUUUUCAAAUAAAAAAUAUAGUGGCAUCCUUAUAUAUGUAUCAGUUUAUAUAUAUAUAUAUAUAUAUAAUAUGUGUAUAUAUAUAUAUAAGCUUUUCUAAUGCUAUGGGAUGAACUUAUUGCUAUUCUGGUGACAAAAGUGCUGCAUGAAAACAGCAAAUGAAGGGGAAAAACAUGUUUCAACAGUAGCUACCUAGUAAGAAAACACUGGUGCCUACUUCCACUUUCUUUCAUCCUCAGUUAAGUCUUUCAUACAAGUUUUAGCCAAAAAGAUCAUGUAGGAUCUUGUAGUUUCUUGCUGUCAUGGGUCUCCAAGCUGAUCCUCAAAAAACAAUAGAAAACAAUGUGCUCAAUGUGCUGCUUCUGCAGAGCCUUCAUCCCUGCUGACCUCCUGUCUUACUAAGAAGUGAAUGAGACCUGAUGUUAGGUAAUGAGAAUAAGUCUCAUUGAGCAAGUAAGUCUCACUGAGCAAAUAAGUCUCAAUGAGCAAAGCAAAACUCUAUCAGAAUUUUGUUAGGGCACUUUCAAUUUUGGAGUUAAAACCAAUAAUGAUGAAACUUUCCAAGAGCCUGCUAAGACAGAAGAACAGAGAUUUGGGAGUCUUCCCACAUCAGUACCAUAUCUGGUUUAUUGUAUAAACCAGUCAUUACCAUAUGUAUUUAUUAAAGGGGAAGGGUAUCAUUAAUGAAAUUUAAUUUGUUUUUAAGAUUUUUUCCAAGAGACAGAAAAUUGUUCUUUUUUUAAAAUGUACAGCACACUGAAUUUCAGAGAAAGGAUGGAAUAACAGAAUAUUCUCAGAGCCUUCCAGUCACCUGCUCUUGUUAAUCAUAAUAAAUCAGUUUCAAGCAUAUGAAAUUAGUUAUAACAGAAGACAGGAACAGCAUUCUGUCUUGUGCUGUCCUAAACAUUUCCCAGUGGGGUCUCUCCUUUGAGUGCUACAUAUUUCAUACCACGUUCUGGUAUCACUCCAAUCACCCUAAUUAUCACUUACUUUCUCUUUGAUGGCAUCAGAAUCUAAUACCAGUUGCUGCUGUGUCAUUUAAAAUUUCCUGUGACGUUCUUGAAAAUGCUUCAACUUUCAGCUGAAAAGGUAGUAGCAACUUCUUCCAGAACACCAAGUGAUCCCUGAUCAUUGCCCAAAACUAGGGCAAGAAACAAGAAUUUCUAAAAUUGUUAACAGCUGAGUGAAAGGCUGUUUUAAUGACAAAUGAUUAAUUUUAAAUUAUAAGGAUGUCAGUUUGUUAAUUAUGUAUUAUUUAUUGUAUUUUGGACUCUACACUGGGAAUAUUGCUCCUUCAGCAUUUUGCCUAAUGUUAAAAAAAUGUGUGUACAAAUAUGAUAAUUGUUCACAAAUAAGAUUUAUCACAAAGAUGAAACUAUUUUUGGUUCAGAGAAGAAAUGUUUGGAAUUAAACCCAAGAGCUGUGGACAUCCUCAUCUUACACUGAUUUUUAACAUAAUAAUACGAACCUAGAAAAUAAUGUUUGCUGUAGAUAUAUGUACAGUAGAAAAAUAUACUACAUAAUGCCUCUUCCAACAACAAGAAGAUGAAAAUAUAUGGUUCAGUACCAUAUAAAACAUGAUUGUUGCUUUUAGGGACACUGUAAAUGUGCAUUUGGUUUCCAAGGGAGCUAAACUCCAGAGCACAGGCCAGAAGGGAGCUGCAGUGUGGUCUAGGCAGCCAGGGGACAUGGAUUGUGGGCCACACUAUGGAGCACACUGUGUCUAACCAAAAAAAUAACUUAUUAUUACAGACAAGCAAACAAAUAAGAAAAAAACCAAACCAAAACAACAACAACCCAAAAAACAAAAACCAAAGGGAAAAUAUCUAUCCCCUGGUUUUUCCAGUUUGCUUCCUGUAUGCCUUUUAAAUUGACUGGUUGGUUGUACUAAUGCUGUUUCUCCAUUGUGGUCAUUUACACUUCCCCCCUGUGGUUAAACCCACCAAACAGACCUCUUCUCACAUAGGUUGUACAGGGACCUCAACUGAGUGUCUCUGCUAAGGGUGCUGGUGUAUGUUCCUCAUUUUUGUGCAUCUUUCACUGAACACUAGCAGAUAGUGAUGCUUUGAGCAUCACAAAAACAUGGGAUUACUUUUAGCUCCGUGUUUAGACAGGGACAACAUUUCAGGUUCCUCUAAUUCCCACUGGGAGGAGAGAAAUGUAAGAACAAAAUGUUUCAGGCAGUAAUGGAGUAGCAGUUUGAACUUUGAAGAACUCCAAAGCAGAGCCUCAGGCAAAAGCAAAGAAAUUCCAGCAUAACAUGAGUAAAUAUCUUAUAGUCUAACUCCACCUGUUUCUUUGAAUUUGGCAACCCGGGCAUAACAACUGCUUUGAGCCAAACCCACCCAUGAAGCUGAGCUAAAAGGUCAGAUUAAAGAACAGGUCACCUUUUGGUUGACAACGCUUUCUAAAUAGACUGGUUUCUGUCUCCUCCAGCUGACUGGAAAUGGAAGAAUAUAAAGGCUUGAUGUAUUGUUCAACUUACUUUUAAACCUAGACCCAGUUGGUGCAUCCAGUGUUGGUGUCAUUUGGGGGUUGUCCUGGUGUGUGAGGUGUCAUCACUUUCCUCCGUGUGUUAGCCUGCAGUUUAAACAGGGAGAAAGAUAAAGCAACCUUGAUGCUAAAUCAUGUACAGAGUAUCUCUCAGUCCACAUGUAAGUGCCUCCAGGUCCUUGGUUACUGAUGUCAAUUGAGCUGUGAUACUGUCUGCUUAUGGAAAAACUACAGCUUCCCUUACAGAUUUCCCUGGGAAGGAAGGGGGUUUUCUGAAACAGCCAAGACAAGAACAGUAGCAGCCUAAAUUUUCACAACAGCUGGAAGCUGACAUGUGACUGAGAGCUGUAAGAUUCUGCCUUUCUAUCUCAUUUUGUCUCCAGCAGUUUGAUUCAAAUUAUACAAAUAUUGGAAGAGAGUGAAAAAUGAGUGUUUCACAGAUUUUGGUAACUUUUGGCUCAUGUUUUUAAGCUAUGCAAACUGCACACUUCUGCCCUGAAUAAAGUAUAUCAGUGCACAGUGAAAUGUUGUCAUUUUAUUCCUCUUUGUUGUGAUAUGAUUGCCUAAUGCUUCUUUUUCCUCAUGCUGUAGAAUAUUCCCAAUGGAAUAAGAAUUUAAAUUUUCAGAGAAGUCUCUGUAAUAUUUUGAAGAUGUGAACUCUAUUAUUAAUCAAUUUUUUAAAAUAUGCAUCAUAUGAAAAUACUAAAUAUAUUUAAAUAAUCUGAACUAUUUUGUGCAAUUAUUCAAAAUAUUGCAACCAGAAAUCCCCAUUCUUUGCCAGAUAUUUAUUAGUCUUGCAGUCUUACAGACUAAUAAAAAUAAUCU